AUGGCUGCACCUUCACCCAUGAGCACUGCCCCAGGGCGGCAGCGCAGGGCACGGCACAGCCCGACCUCUCCCAGGUCAAGCCGGCAGGGUUCUCUCUAUUUCUCUCCAAACCUCAAGAUAACUGACUCAGCUGGACACAUCCUAUAUGCCAAGGAGGAUGCCACUAAGGGCAAGUUUGCCUUCACCACUGAAGACUAUGAUAUGUUUGAGGCCUGUUUCGAGAGCAAGCUUCCUGUGGGAACAGGGAGGAUGCCGGACCAGCUCGUGAUUCUGGAUAUGAAGCACGGAGUUGAAGCAAAGAACUAUGAGGAGAUUGCUAAAGUGGAAAAGCUGAAGCCUCUGGAAGUAGAACUGAGGCGCCUAGAAGACCUUUCAGAGUCCAUCGUUAAUGAUUUUGCCUAUAUGAAGAAACGAGAAGAGGAGAUGAGGGACACUAAUGAGUCGACAAACACCCGGGUUCUAUACUUCAGCAUUUUCUCCAUGUGCUGUCUCAUCGGACUGGCCACCUGGCAGGUCUUCUACCUGCGUCGCUUCUUCAAGGCCAAGAAACUGAUUGAGUAAAGGAGCAAGACCUCCUCCCCCUCCUUGCAGCCCCAGCUGGACACCGCUGGGAGCAGACCUGGCCCUUGGAGCCAUCUCAUGGAUGUUACCCACUGACUGGAGCUUUCCUGCAGGAAUUGGCCCCUAAAGGGGGAGGGGAACACAGACAUUGGAGGCAAUUGGGGGCUUUUGAAAACCUAUCGGAUGUUGCGGGGGGAGGUUGUGAAGGGUUUGGGGGUUCCUGGGCACCGGUUAAAUAAAAAUGAUGUUUCCAUGACAGCUGCAGCAAGCUUUUGCGCUGUCUGUUCUCCAUUUUUAAUCCUGGCUUGAUGAUGCCUCCCAUCUGUGUGUGACUGUAGUGUUACUG